ACACCGUCUCCAUACAAAAACAGGACUACAAACGCAUUUGUUACUAUACAAACUGGUCUCAGUAUAGAACAGGUCUCGGAAAAUUCACCCCAAAGAACGUGGAUCCUUUCCUGUGUACUCACAUUGUGUUUGCUUUUGCAAAGACUUCUGGGAACAGGAUCGAAGCCGUGGAAUGGAAUGAUGAAUCAACAGAAUGGAGCAAGGGCAUGUAUGCAAGAAUAAAUAAUCUAAAAAGGAAAAAUCCAAAGCUUAAAACCUUAUUGGCCAUAGGAGGCUGGACGGAGGGAAACGCACCAAUCAGCACAAUGGCUUCCACCAAUGAGAGCCGAGAUGAGUUUGUCAGCACUACCAUACAAUAUCUACGAACAAGAGGAUUCGACGGCCUCGAUUUGGAUUGGGAGUAUCCAGGGUCAAGGGGCGGGCCUCCUGAAGAUAAAGAAAAUCUUAUACAUUUGCUCAAAAAACUGAAAUCCGAGUUCACAAAGGAAGCUAGAGAAACCGGGAGAGAGCCCCUAUUGCUGGCGAUAGCUGUCCCCGUGGGCGAGGAAAGGAUUAAUUCCGGAUACAACAUACCGGAAGUCAACAGGUACGUUGAUUUUAUCAACCUGAUGGCCUACGAUUUCCAUGGCGCCUGGGAAGCUCAGACCGGCCAUCACAGCCCACUGUUCAAAGGGAAAGCAGAAAGAUGGUACGCGGCGCAAUUAAACGUCCAAUGGUCGGCAGCGUACUGGAGGCGUAACGGUGCAUCAAGGAACAAAAUGGUGAUUGGAAUGGCUAUGUAUGGUAGAGGAUAUAAGCUUCAAUACCUAUCUAUUAAUGGUAUCGGGGCCCAGGCUCUUGUGGGUAGCAGUGGCAAUUCCAUGGGCCCGUUUACAAAAUCGAAGGGACUUUUGGCAUACUAUGAGAUUUGUAGCCGUUUGAAUGGUAACGGUGUUGAAAUUUGGGAUGACGAGAGGCGCGUUCCAUAUAUGUAUGAUGGUAGUGACUGGGUAGGAUACGAAAACGUCCGCAGUGUUAUCGAGAAGACAAAAUGGACAAUGGAUCAUGGCUAUGCUGGCGUAAUGAUAUGGGCUCUUGAUCAAGACGACUUUACAGGGCACUUUUGUAAAGCGGGAAAAUAUCCCUUGUUGUCAGCAAUAAACAAAACUCUAAGAGAUUAUACACCGAGAUUACUUUCUAAAAGCCAGCACAAUGUGGACGGCAUAGCAGACGAUUUGUUAAAAUAUGAAGGCACCACUAAAAGAAUUGUUGAUUCAACAUCUUUUAGUCUAACAGGGUUAACAUCAAAACAAGUACAAGAAAGAAAUAAUAUUAUUGAUACUACAACAAAAGCAGCAACAACAACAUAUAUUCCAACAACAACAAAUAUUUUGACAACUCACAUUCCAACAGCAUAUAUUCCAACAACACACAUCCCAACAACACACAUUCCAACAACAAUGCUUUCAUCGACGACGACAGCAAAAGCAGCAACAGAAGAAACACCGACGCCAAAAACAUCCACAGAGACAACCUCUUCCACAAUAACAGCGACACCGGAAAUAGGUAAUAGAUAUAAUUCGAAUAUAGAAAGUAUCUCCACAAUGGUCUUGGAUUCAAACCAAGCUACAGUCAAUUCAAAUAACACAUUAAACCAGUCAAUGGGUGACAGCAGCUUCAAUUCUUCAAUUUCAAACGAUGUUGAACUUGCACUAGAUUUAACACUGGAAAAUAAAACAACAGAAGGACUUGAUAUUGCAGAAAAUAUUACAGUUACCAUACCGAACUCCACAGAUAUUUUUCAAGAUAAUGCUAGAAUGGAAACGUCAACAUCACCGAUUGUGCGAUCAAACCGGAUGAUAAUGUCUUUAGUUGCCCCAUCCGAAGUGUAUUACUCAACUGAUAUCGUUCAUAAAGGAAGAACUCUUCUGCAGGUCGACCGUGGUACUAAUGAUCAACAAGGGAAUACUGGCAGUGGUUCCUCUGGAUUUACUAGUGUACUGAACUCCUUGUUCAGUGUUUUAUCAGAGUUUGGAGGAUUUAGAGGGGGAGGCAGGCGAUCUUCAAAUCAAAGAAAUAGCAAUGGUGAUAGUUCUGGACAGAGAAAUGCUGACUCGCCGAGGCAAAGAAAUACCGAUUCAGCGCGUUCAAGAAACAUUGACUCUUCACGUCAAAGAAGUGGUGAACCACAACGGCAAAGAAAUGUAGAUACUGUGUCUAUGAGAAAUAGAGACAUUCCUGCUCAAAGAGUUAAUGCUGAUUUACAGAGAGUCCGAAACAGAUUACCGACUGGGUCUAGGAAUGUGGACUCCACACGUCAAGAAAAUAUUGAUCCUUCUAGACAAAGACUCGUAACACGCCCUAGAAGUAUAGAACCAGUCGAAAAUGUCCAAAGAAAUGGGGACCAAACACUGCGACGAACUGGAGAUGUGUUAAGAAGAAGAACCGAUGAUUCAGUUCUACAGAGGAAUGAAAUACGGCGAAGAAAUAAUGAAAUGGUACGACAACGAAACAAUAAUGGUGAAAUAUUACGACAACGAAAUGCUAACGGGGACUUGUUACGACAACGAAACGGUAACGCAGAUCUUUUGCGACAGCGAAACAAUGAUUUAACGCAACAACAAAGUGUUCAAAGAAAUGUUGAUGUCAUUCGACAAAGAAACAAUGCAGCGUUAAAUCCAAGAGCUGCUGAAACACUUCGUCAGAGAAUUCCAGAAAUCCAGAGAAGAGCCCUGCAACGAACCUCUGGUCAAAUGCCAAACAGGAUUACACCACAGUCAGGAGGACGGAACACAGUUAAUCCACAGUUCAAUCUCUUUCAAAAUGUAGAAAUGGCAACUAUUCCACAGAACGUAGGUCCUUCCUCUGCGCAGCGAGGGAGGCUGCCUUCGAAUAGUAUUCCUAGCUUAGAUUUUCUUGAGACUCUUGCACAGGGAUCUCCACAAAUCAGGGACUCCAUAAGGCUAAAUGGAAGAGGAAGAGAAACCAAUGGAAGACUGAAUCGUAAUCCAACUCGAAUUGCCUCUGGAGUUCCGGAUAUUUCAGCACUGACGGAUAUGUUUAUGGCUCAAGAUCCUCAAAAUCAGCUCCUGCAACAAGAAACAGUUCAAACGUCUAUAACUGAAGCUAUGCUUUCUUCAGAUUUCAUGAACAGAGCAAAUGGCAUUGGUGGAAUGCGACGUUCCGCGUCUGAUAAUCUCCGACCAGCAGAUAUCUUUGGCAAUAGAACUAUAACUCCAAAUACACAGGCAACACAAACGCAACAAUCAUUGUUCAACGAAAUCAGAAACAGACAGCCAUCACUAAAUUCUAACUCCAUUGAUACAAUUGAUCUCUCCUUCUUAGAAUCCCAAGUCGAAGAGGGUUUUGCAAGGGAUCGAGCACAAGAGAUUGAACGAUCGAUGCUUUCACCAGGAAUGUUGGCUAAUGGACUAAUACCCAAUGGCAUGAACGGAAUUUUUCCACAAACAAGAUUUCAAGGUCUUUCUGGACAAUUUCUUCCUCAGCAAGGUUUAGGCAGAAACUCUUUGAUUCCAAGAGCAAGUCAAUUUCAGCAAACAUCAAUGCAAGUUCCGGAAACGAAUCAAAACACUUCAAUGGCUGUCAUUCCGUUUAAUAAUCUGGAUCGAACUUUGCAACAAGUCGUAUCAACAGGGCCUACGUUUAGACUACGUAAUCAAACGGCAUCUUUAGGGUCAAUACUUCAAAACAAUGUUGAUCAGGUACCAUUUACACGGAACAGUCAACAGGCGUUAAGACCAAGAGGAAUGACAAAUCAGAACAUUGUUAACCGACUUCCACAACAGGAUAACAAUAGAAACAGAUUAUUAACAUCCCAGACUGGAUUACCAGGACCACUUCAAUUUACACGUAUUCAAGAUGGUACAAGACCCAUUAGAAAUAUGUUAGGUCCACUAGGACCAAUUCAAAGAAGCAGGAAUAUUCCAUCCCUUACAAAUACUUUUAUAUCUUCUGCAAUGAGAGGAAUACCAAGUCGAGGAGGUCCUUUAAUACAAGCUAAUACAAACAACAACCAAAUGUCUCCAAAUUCAUUAUUUUUUCCUAUGAACCCAGUUACUGUGCAUGCGUCAACAAUCGGAAGCCCUGGUCCACCGCCAUUGUCUUCAAGUGCGAUUCAAACCCCAGAGGAAGUGAUUCAAAGGACAAACACUAUUGGAUCAAGAUCUGUCUUUUCACAAAGAACAAAUACAACUGUUAACAUUGAUGGUUCAAUGCUAAAAGCAGAACCUGUUAUACCAAAAUCAGAGAUUUUGUGGAAAUGGGAAGUAUAAACUUUUGCAGACCAAUGUUUUGGAAGUGUUUUUGGAUGUAACGUGCAC